AUGGGUGUCUUCAAUCGCAAAGAGGAGAUGGCGGAUACUCCAAAGGAGGUGCUCAACUGGCGCCUCUACUGGUGCGUCUUUGUCUUCGGUAUCCUCGGUGCCAGCCGAGGACUCGAUGAAGGUCUCGUCGGAGGUAUGGUCGGUAUGAAGAGCUUCCAGCACGCUUUCAACAUGGAGGAGGGCACCAAGGCCGAGAUAGCGAACCGAGAGUCCAACGUCACUAGCAUGGUUCAACUUGGUUCCAUUGCUGGCGCGCUCCUUGCUUUCGUCCUUUGCGACAAGAUCGGUCGUGUUCGUUCACUUCAGGCGCUUUGCGCUCUUUGGCUCACUGGUUUCAUCAUCGUCGUCACCAGCUAUGGUAACCUCGGCCAGAUCCUUGCAGGGCGAUUCAUUGCUGGACUGGGUAUUGGCAUGACUACUGUUGUCGGCCCCACAUUUCUCGUCGAAGUUGCACCCAAGGCAAUUCGAGGCAUGUUGACCAACAUCUUCGCCGGUUCGGUUUACCUUGGAGUUAUGGUCGCUUACUUCAGCAACUGGGGUGCAGCCAUCAACCUUCCAAGCACUACAAGAAUGCAAUGGGUUGCACCGCAAACCGCACAUAUCGGAUUUGCAGGACUCCUUCUCAUUCUAUCCUUCACCGUCAACGAGACUCCACGAUGGCUCACCAUGAAGGGUAGACAUGAGCAAGCUCUUAAGAACCUCUGCCUUCUCAGACAACUUCCCGAAGACCACCCUUUUGUCCAGAACGAGCUCUUGGACGUUCGUGAGCAGCUUGAGCGUGAAAGAGAGGCCACUCUGGGCGCAACCAGAUGGGGCAAGUUCAAGGAACUCGUCAUGAUUCCCUCCAACCGCUAUCGAUUCAUGCUCGGUAUCAUGUCUCAACUGCUUGGUCAAUGGUCAGGAGCCAGCGCUAUCACCAUCUACGCUGCCCAGUUCUUCGCAGCAUUGGGCAAGACUGGACAAUCGGAGAAACUGUUCGCCACUUGCAUUCUCGGUGUGGUCAAGCUUUGCUCCGCAUAUCUCUGCGCAUUCUUCUUGAUCGAUUUCCUCGGUCGUCGACGAUCGCUCUACGCUGGCAUUACCUUGCAAUUCUUCGCCAUCCUCUACGUCGCCAUCUUCCUGGCCGUCGUACCAGCAGGUGCCCUCAAGUCAGGAAUCCUGAGCGAAUCACAGAAGAGGGCUGCCACCGGCGCCAUUGCCGCAAUUUACAUUUCGGGAUUCGGAUGGGCUAUGGGCUGGAACUCAUUCCAAUACCUAGUCAACGCCGAAGUCUACCCAAUCAGACUGCGAGCCCUCGGCUCAUCCCUGGUCAUGUGCUUCCACUUCGUCAACCAAUUCGGCAACACCAAGGCCGUCCCCACCAUGCUACUGGACAUGCACACGUACGGAUUCUUCUUCUUCUGCACCGUUGUCUGUGCCCUGGGUCUUGCCUGGGUCUGGUUCUUCGUCCCCGAAACCCGCGGCAAGUCGCUCGAAAGUAUGGAUGCGCUCUUCAGCCUCCCAUGGCACCAGAUCGGCCGCAACGGCAGGGCACUCACCAAGGGAAUCGGCUCCCACGCCGAUGAGGAACAAUGGAACCAGAAUGAGAAGAAGACGGUGGAGCUUCAGCAAGUUGAGAAUUCCACCACCAAGGUGUGA